AUUUCCUCUCCUUGACUAAUCACAGUCGUCCACUCUGGCAGCCAUUUUUAAACCUCACUUUGAAACAGCAGCAACCAGACCAUUAUUGGCGGGGUGGUGACUGACUUUAAAUAUGCUUUGACAAAUGAUAUUUACUAUCGGUAAAUUUCAAGAGUCAUGGGCCCUAAACUAGAAGACUUUGAGGUGUUGUCCACAAUUGGUAGUGGGGCUCAUGGAACAGUGCGUAAAGUAAGACGUCGUCAAGAUGGACAAAUUCUUGUGUGGAAAGAGCUCAACUAUGGUGCCAUGGGUGAAUCUGAGAAGCAGGGGCUAGUACUGGAGGUGAACCUUUUACGAGAACUAAGACAUCCCAACAUAGUCAAGUUCCUCCAUCACAUAGUUGAUAGGCGCUCUACCACUCUCUACAUCUUGAUGGAAUAUUGCCCUGGUGGUGACCUAAAGCAUCUCAUAUCCAAGUGCCACCAGACGUCAACAUUUCUAGAGGAAGGGUUCAUUUGGAGGGUCCUGAAACAAAUCUGUGAGGCCUUGAAGGUUUGCCACACAAGACAACUAAGAAAAGGGCCAAUCAUCCUCCACAGGGAUAUUAAACCAGCUAAUGUUUUCCUUGAUGCAGAUGGAGAAGUCAAAUUAGGAGACUUUGGCUUAGCCCGGACUCUCAACUCUGAGGCCAGCUUUGCUACCACCUUUGUUGGAACGCCCUAUUAUAUGAGCCCUGAAGUAAUAGAAGGGCAGGAUUAUAAUGAAAAGUCAGAUAUGUGGUCACUGGGUUGUCUGAUAUACGAGUUGUGCGCUCUACACCCUCCCUUUCAGGCCACCACACACAAGCAACUGGCUGCCAAAAUCAGAGAGGCCAGAUAUGAACGCAUUCCCAUUCAGUACAGCAAUGCCCUGCAAGAAGUUCUUGGUUUCUUGCUUACUUAUGAGGACUUCUUGCGUCCCACUGCACUCGUGGUACUCCAUCACUCUGCUCUUGUUGCUCACACUGCCUCAAAGAAGGAUCGCCAGGGAGAUGACCCUCUUUAUCACUCUUUAAGUCACAGAGUUCUCUUGAGUGCAGGAAAUCAACCUAAGAAGCUAGAAGUUGUGCAGGAUAUAGAAGUGUCAAAAGAAGAAAAUGACUUUGAAACUGGAGAACACGAAGAGGAAAUGCAUCAAGAAGGAAAGGGGGAGAAUAGUAAUGAAAUACCAAAAAAUAAUGCACAACAAGCCAAAGAGAGUGAAUGCUCCACCAAUAGCAGAAAACUUAAAGUAGAUAAAUGUAGCAGAGAUGAAACUCAAACUAAACAUACCAAAAUCAACAGCACUUACUUAAUGGCUGAAACUUAUAGAAUUUCUAAAAACGAAGACUUCUCUAGAUUCAGUGAUGAAGAGCAUAAGCUCUUGCCUUAUCAAAAUAAACUAGUCAAUAGUGAACAAGAUCAAGACAGUUCAUCAAAUUUCCAUCUACCUCAAGAAACCCCCAAACUACCUCUGAAAAAAGAUCAAACAGAAUCUGCUUUAGAAAACACCAUAGAAAAAAUAUGCCGUGCAGCUAGAAAUGUUGGGCAACUGCCUGACAGAGGAUGUAGUAAAGUCCAAGAAGGUAUUUGUGAUAUGAAUUUUGCCAAAUUGGAAUGUGCCUGUGGAGGCAUGUCACUAAAAUCCUGGAGAGAGCGAGUUUUAGCCUUACGAGAAGCUGAGAUAGCAGUAAGGGAGCGUGAAAUGGCUUUGAAAGAGAGAGAACGUGAAGCAAGUCAUAGAGAGCACCGUGUAGCAGCUAUGGAGAGAGAAGCACGAGAGCACUUAGUGCGUGCUCAGAUAUAUCUGAGACAGUCAAGACCUCGGCAGAAUGCUGCAACAUCACCACACAGGCCUCCUUCUGAUCUGGAUACCACAAUGAGUGCUGAUGUCAGUGAUGACAUUGUGAAAACCACAACAAAGCUUGAUCCACAGCGAAUUGAUAACCCAUUCCUUAAAAUGAGAGGCAUACAGCCUCCAGGGGAGAAGAGAGUGUCUUUCAAAGAAAAACCUACCAAAUUUAAGAGCAACACGCUUGAUAAUCCAAAAAGUCGACAGAAGAGAGGCAAUAUUUUUCGUUUAGUAUCUUCAGAGCCAAAGACAGAAACCAAAGAUAAGUUGCCUGAUGAAACUAAUAUUAGAGGGCCCCUCAGAGUUAUUUCUGAUAAUGCUAGCACUGCUCAACAGCAAGGGCAAAGUAAAAAAUCACUAGAUUCCCCACAUCAACCUGCUUCUCUCUUAAACCCUGACAAAAAGCUACAGGUCACUGUAAAAUCAAGUCUUAAUUGCAUUCUCAGAGAGCGACCAAGAAGCACUGAAAACCUUGGUAAGAAGUCAAAUGAAGCUGUGUCAGGCAAGGAAAAUGUAAGCCAAGCUUUGAAACUCAAGAAAGUUCCUGAAAUUAAACCUGGACUGUGGAGCAGAAGGUCAGGAAGAAAGUUUACUGAUCGACCUGGCCGACGAGAGCAGUCAGGUUCAGAAAACUGUGGAUGUGGCAAGGAGAGUGCCAAGUGAGCGCUUUGAAGAUGUACAACCAGAAGACAUAAAUGGAUCUUUACAUCAUGACAAACAAAUUGCAUACGAAAUGUUGAAGAAAUGCAGUUCCUGGAGAGAAGGGAGACAGAUAACAAAAGAAUGAAGAUGAGCCUGAACCUGAACAGGUAACAAUCCAAGUUAUGUAUGAGUCGCUGCAUGGUAUCAGUAAAAUUGCUGACGUUCAUGACUAAAGGACCCGUCGCAUCUAGAAGUAUUGCUGUGAAGUGGGGUCUGGAGGUGUUAAUGAUGCCUUAUCAGCAAUAACAACUCUGCAUUGACUGUAGCUCAAGAACCACAGUCAGUAGGGCUACAGCAACCCUCUCCAGUGAUGUUAAAAUCAAUAUGCAUCAGCAACCAGAAUUUAAGGUAAGAAAAACAUUUAAUUUUUUUUUUUUUUAGCUACACGCACUCUUAUUUGAAUGUACGUAAACCUCAUUACAUCCAACUAGGCCUAGCCUAGUAGGAACAUAGCCCUUCCCAUAUUUCUAGAUCAACAAAUAAUGAUAUCUACAAUGUUAAAUGAUACUCUUUUUAACUGCCAUCUUCCACCAAUGUGGGGAGGCCCAAAGACGAAAACACAUUUUUCUUCUUUCUUUCAACAAACCAGCCGUAACCCACCGAGGCAGGGUGGCCUAAAAAGAAAAACAAAAGUUUCUCUCUUUAAAUUUAGUAAUUUAUACAGGAGAAAGGGUUACUAGUCCCUUGCUCCCGGCAUUUUAGUCGCCUCUUACAACAUGCAUGGCUUACGGAAGAAUUCUGUUCCACUUCCCCAUGGAGAUAAGAGGAAAUGAACAAGAACUAGAGAGAAAAUAGCAGAAAACCCAGAGGGGUGUGUGUACAUGUAUGUGUAGUGUGACCUAAGUGUAAGUAGAAGUAGCAAGACGUACCUGAAAUCUGAAAACACAUUUACCAACAUUAAUUAAUUGUCAUCUUUCCAAAGUGGGUUAAUAUCACAAUCCAACCACAACAGCCUCACCCCUCCUUCAGAGUGCAGGCACUGCCCCCUCCUACCUGCAGAACUAAAGUCCAGCUAAAUGAUUUCCUGGUUAGCCACAUUUGGACUCAAAUUCUGCUCAAGUCCAACAGAAUGUCUGUUAAAAACCAUUGGUCUCCAUUCACUUUUAUCUAACAUGCUCACACAAGCCUGCUGGAUACUCAAGCAACUAAAACUCAGUCUCUUCUGGGAUGACCCCUUUCCCCUUCUACCUUCCUUCCUAGAUUUAUGCACUCUUCGUCAGCCUAUUCUUGUCCAUUUUCUAUAUGCCCAAACCACCUCAGGAAGCCCUCACCUCUGAAUUAUACCCUUGGUCACCCCGCAUUAUCUUCUAAUUUUGUACACUGAAAUCAUUUGUAUAUCAACACACAUUGCUCUUAAACAAUGCUCUCCAUUGCCUCUAGCCUCUCACUGUGGCAUUCAAAACCCAUGCCUCGCACCCACAUACCAUACUUUUGGGCAUGCAAGGAGUACGAGCAUAUAAGACGAUAUUUCUAAGCAAUUGUAACUAUUAAAGCAUAACCCAAAGUCUACCCUGGACAUUCACCUUGAACAUAUAAGGUGCAGGUUGAUUUUCCAAGACUUUGUGAAACAAAAAAAAAAAAAAAAAAGGCACCUUAUAUGGUAAGUGUUGUUACCACUAUAAUCUUGACUGGUACAUUCCCAUUUUUUUUUGCCUACACGGAUAAACUUUUCUUCCCAGAUACUUUAACACACCACCUACCAUUUUCCCUCCUUGUCUGUUCUAUUAUUUGCCUCGUCUUUCAUAGAUCCAUCUACUGACUGUGUCCACUCCCAAAUAUCUAAUUAAUUCCACUUCUUUCAUACUGCCUCUCUCCAGUCUGAUAUUCAGUCUAUCACUGCCUAUAUUUUUCAUUAAUGUCAUCACUUUUUCUUUGUUCGCUUUUAAUUUUCUUUUAUAUACCCUCCCAUCUUCAUCCACCAACCUUUGUAAUUUGCCUUCAGAAUCCCAUAAAAGAAUUAUCAUCAACAAAGUGCAACUGGGAUAACUCCCCCUAUAUCUGAUCCAGCAUCUUUCAGUCCCACAUACAAUGUAAUUGGCCUAAAAUAGGACUCGGUGAGCAAAAAUCGCUGUUGCAGCAAAAUUCACAUAAGCGUAAUUUUCAGUUUUCCAUCAAUUUUCGUACUUUUGUUUUAUUACUUUUAUUACAGAAAAAGAUUCUCUACCAUUGCAUAAGAAGAAAAAAUAAUUUUUUUUUUUAAAUUCUAGGACCCUAUGGGCAAGUUUCAGAUAGGGAGUCUGGACCCUGAAAGGGCUAAGGAACAAAUAAUUAAAUUUGCAAAAUUGAUACGUAUUUUAUUUACAAAUUUAAAUGAAGACUGGACUGAUUCUGUAUAAAUAUGCUGCUCCAUGGGUAUGAAUAUACAACCUGCAAGACAAGAUUUUAUUGGGAGAAAUGAUUAGAUAAAACUUAAAAUUUUAAGUCUACCCAGCAAAACAAAAAUAAAAAAGGCAGCUAAAAAAAUAUACCUAUCACCAAUUCACUGUCAUGCACGUAUACAAGUACAUAUCUCUGAUGGGUUGCGUGGUAUACACAGUCAUCUGAUUAUUAUGCAUAACACAGCACACACCUUUAUUAUAUUUUAUGCUAAAGUGGUUGGGCCACUUAGUGACAGCUAGGGGGAGAGCAAGGGGAGUGACUAAUCACCCUGAGCACAUUUUUCAAAAGCAAUCCCCUCAAAGGAGGUUCCUUGACACUGGGGGCUCUUGAUCUAGGGAAUUCGAUCUGUGCUCCGGUUCCGAAUUGAGCCUGAAUACCUUCCAUCCCCCCCCCCCACAUGCAGUGUAAUAAUACGGGUUUAGCGCUUCCCUGUGAUUAUAAUAAUUCAAAAGCGGUACCUUUUCAACAAUUUUUUGGACAUUAGUUCAUUGUGCGAUAAGUCGAAUCUCUUACUUUUUU